UCUUCCCGGUCUCCUCCUCCCCACACUCCGGCUCCUUUUGUAGGAGGCCAGGAAAGUAGGACGAGGAAGUGCGGACGCACCGGACCCGGGCAAACAUCACCGGAGGCUCUACCGACCGGGUUGGCCAGUUGAUUUAGGAGAGGACCAGACCGGAAAUGGUCGUCUCCAUGGUAACCCCUGAGCGGGUUGCCUGGGAGAUGACCCCUUUCUGUCUCUGAGUCUCCGCUAUAUCGUCGCUUCUAAGGCAGAUUUAACAGAUCCUGGACUGUCUCCUGCCAUGAUUCCCGGGAAGUACCGCUCUGUUUCUGGCCGGGCUGCGAACAACGUGAACUGUGGGCUUCAUCUGGUUAUUCAAACAUCAUCGCUUCCUGAAAAAAGCAAAGUUGAAUUCAAGCUAAAUAAAGAAACACCGUCAUUCUCUGGUCGACUCUUGCAACAUGAUCUUGAAAGAAACUACUCAAGUAGGCAAGGAGAUGGAAGAGUAAUAAGCCCUUCACCUCGUAAUAAAUCAUCAUUCAUCUCAUCCACAACAAACGUGACAGAACUAUGUGGGCUGGAAAUGAAAACUACCAUGAGCUCCUUAUCAGCAUUUGGAGAUUCUUCCAUUCAGACACCUUCAAAGUCCAGAAUCCGGCAGGGCUGUCAUAGUGCUGGCCCAAAUGUAUCUGGUGAUCAUAUUCAUCUGGCGAGCUCAUCAAUGCCAUCAUUUCCCAUUCUGCAGCGUUCUUCUGAAGAGAAAAUUCUUUACUCAGACAGGUUGACCCUGGAAAGGCAAAAGCUGACUGUAUGUCCUAUCAUUGAUGGAGAAGAACACCUUCGUUUGUUGAACUUCCAACACAAUUUUAUAACUCGGAUCCAAAAUAUUUCUAAUCUACAGAGGCUAAUAUUCUUGGAUUUAUAUGAUAACCAAAUUGAAGAAAUCAGUGGGCUUUCUACGCUGAGAUCCCUCCGUGUCCUUCUGCUGGGGAAAAACAGAAUCAAGAAAAUUUCGAAUCUGGAGAACCUCAAAAGCUUAGAUGUCUUGGACCUUCAUGGAAAUCAGAUUACCAAAAUCGAAAAUGUCAGUCAUUUGUGUGAUUUGAGAGUUUUAAAUCUUGCUAGGAACCUUUUAAGUCAUGUUGAUAAUCUUAAUGGGCUGGAUUCACUAACUGAACUUAACCUGCGACACAAUCAGAUCACUUUUGUGAGAGAUGUGGACAAUUUGCCCUGCCUCCAACGUCUGUUUCUCAGCUUCAACAAUAUCUCUACUUUUGAAAGUGUUUGCUGCCUUGCUGACUCUUCUUCUCUCUCAGACAUCACUUUUGAUGGCAAUCCAAUAGCUCAAGAGUCAUGGUACAAACACACUAUCCUUCAGAAUAUGAUGCAGCUGCGCCAGCUGGAUAUGAAGAGAGUCACGGAAGAAGAAAGGCGUAUGGCAUCUGUUGUAGCCAAAAAGGAGGAAGAGAAGAAACGGGAAAGUUAUAAACAGUCCUUGCUCAAGGAGAAGAAAAGGUUAACAAUUAACAACGUAGCUCGAAAGUGGGACUUGCAACAGCAUCGAAUACCCAAUAUUGCUCCAAAUCAAGAUAGAAAAGUUUCUGACUCUUCUCAGGACCCUUCUCAGCUCCACGGAAGCACCAUCUCUGCAUUUCCAGAGGAAACAGGGUAUGCAGUGGUAUUCUUUCUAGCUCUUUUUUGUGUUUUAUUAUUGCAGCACCUUAAAUUCAAGGAAACAAAUCUUGUAAUGCUGCAGCAGUUUAAUGCACUAGCUCAACUCCGCCGUGUCGACCAGUUGACAAUUGAUCCUCAAGGAAAUCCAGUUGUCAAUUUUACACUCUGGAAAUACUAUGUACUGUUUAGGCUGAGCCAUUUUAGUAUGCAGAAAAUAAAUGGGACAGAGGUGACGCAGAAUGAUAUGAUAAUGGCUGAAAGGCUCUUUGGAAUCUUAGCACAUGUUGCAUCUUCCGAGUUACCCCAGUACCGUAUGAUUUCAAUUCUGGGUGAUGCCAGAAAGAAGCAAUUCCGGUAUUUGCUAGAAACCAAAGGAAAAAAACCUGGUCUUGUCAAUGAAGAAAACAGCGAUAGCAAAAGACUUGUAGGAGAAAACACAAACCGUGCUAUGCUAAAUUAUACCACGAGAGACUUUUAUAACGAAAGGCUAGAGGAAAUAAAGGAAAAAAAGAAAUUCUGCAAGAUGUAUAUGGAGGACCUUGUGAAGGAAGCCACGGAAAUCAACAUGAAAAACGAGGCUCUGCAGAAGCUUUGGCCGCAGAUGUUCAUUGAGCUUGUUAGGGACGCAGUCAUAGAAAUCCGCAAUAAAAAUUCCUACAUGAAGCUUUGCCUACAGCAGAUAACUGACCAAAAAUAGAAAUGGCUUUUAGUUACAGUUGAUUUUAGCAGUUUUGUGUUUUUGAAGGUUGAAAACAAGUAGGUUAAACAUGUUGAAACAACACUAUCCUACAAACUAGAAAGCCUAGCAUCAAAGCACUAUUGCCUACUGUUCCCGUAGUUAAAGGUGAGGAAGGAAGGAAGGAGAGAGAGAGGGAAGGGAGGAUUGGCUUCCUAUGUAAGCUGACCAAACAAGCUCUGGGAACUGAGCGGCCCUGAGAGCUCACUGGGCGUUUCCACUGGCCCCGCGACUCUGGCUCUCACUUCGCCUGCCCCUGCUCUGGCCCAAAGCACGGAGUACUUGCUCAGGUUUCAGCAUGAGUUGCUCUACCUACUUGCAGCUGGCAAUUUCCACUUAUUUGCCUUUUUAUUUUAUGUCAUGAUUUCAAAGCCAAAAAUACUUUCUUUUUUAUGAGUGAAGAAUAAACUUAUUAAUAAAUUA